AUGACUUUGUCGGCCCAAGAAUCGUCGACUCUUGCUUCCGGUUUAAGAAAAUCGAUUAUGCUCGCCAAGUGUUCGACAGAUUCUCCGUGCCAAAUGUUUCCGUUUGGAACUCCAUGCUCAACGGUGAUAGAAUCGGCUUAUAAGGUGUUCUGCGAGAUGGUUGAGAGGAAUGUAGUUGCAUGGACCUCGAUGAUCAGUGGGUAUAUUCUGAAUGGUGAUUUAGUUUGUGCUCGGCGGCUAUUUGAUUUGGCGCCCGAACGGGACGUCGUGUUGUGGAACACCAUGGUUUCUGGCUAUAUCGAGAGCGGGAACACGGUGGAGGCUAAAAGGACCUUUGAUCGAAUGCCUCAGAGGGAUGUCAUGUCAUGGAACACGAUGUUGAAUGGUUAUGCUAAUGUUGGAGAUUCGGAGGCAUGUGAAGGAGUGUUUGAUGAAAUGCCAGAGAGAAAUGUGUUCACUUGGAACGGAUUGAUCAAAGGGUUUGCUCGAAAUGAGAAAUUUUCUGAAGUAUUGUACGCUUUUAGAAGAAUGGUGGAUGAAGGAAAUGUGCUUCCUAAUGCUGCUACAGUUAUGAUGGUCUUAUCCGCUUGUGCAAAAUUAGGAGCUCUUGACUCAGGCAAGUGGGUACAUCAAUCCGUAAAGAUUCUGGGGUAUAACGGGAAUCUUAAUGUUGAAAAUGCUCUGAUCGAUAUGUAUGCAAAAUGCGGUGGCAUAGAUGUGGCUGUUGAAGUCUUCAAAGGCAUGGAGAAAAGAGAUUUGAUAAGUUGGAACACUUUAAUUAACGGAUUAGCAGUACAUGGGUAUGGAACCGAUGCCUUAAAUCUGUUCCAGGAGAUGAAGAAUUGUGGACUUCAACCCGACCAUAUAACCUUCGUUGGUGUAUUGUGUGCCUGUACACACAUGGGUUUUGUGGAAGAUGGCCUGGCUUAUUUCAGUGCCAUGUUAGAGGAUUACUCACUAAUUCCCCAAAUUGAGCACUGCGGUUGUGUAGUGGAUUUACUAUCCCGUGCUGGACUUUUGACGCAAGCUGUUGAAUUUGUGGACAAAAUGCCAGUGGAAGCAGACGCUGUUAUAUGGGCCGCUCUACUCGGAGCAUCUAGGGUUUACAAGAAUGUGGAGGUGGGUGAACUUGCUCUGGAAAAAUUGGUUAAAUUUGAGCCGAGAAAUCCGGCAAACUAUGUCAUGCUUUCAAACAUAUAUGGAGAUCACGGGAGGUGGGAAGACGUUGCAAGGCUAAAACUGGCAAUGAGAGACACGGGAGUGAAGAAAGUACCGGGCAUUAGCUUGAUUGAGACUGAUGAUGGCUUAGUGGAGUUCUAUUCUUCUGGCGAGAAACAUCCUCAAUCAGAGGAAAUAUACAAAGUCUUGAAAGGGUUGAUGAAGCUGUUAAGAACUCCGGCUUUUGUCCCUGAAGUUGAAGAAAUUGAGAUAGUUGUCUGAAGCAGCAAUGCAAGAUUUCUCUGAAACACGUCACUAUAUGCGAUGCAACUGUGGAGGUUCAUCCUCGGAGGUCGCCAUUGU